GUUCCAUGUGAGGCAGAACUCAACUCUCAACUGGGGUGACCUGGAAGUUUGAAUUUGGAAGUGUCAGCAAAUCCGCGACAGCUGAGAAACAAGAACAACAAACAAACCCAUCAUCCAUCCAAUCACACACCACUUUCUUCCUCCUCCUCCUCCUCCUCCUCCUGCUUUGCUUCCAUUCUCAAUUCCCAUUUCAUAUUCCAUCACACUCAUUCUCUCCUUCUUUCUGCCCUGAAUAAUUCAAACUUUACCCAAUUCUUUAAUUUAAUGAUGUGGGUUUCCUUUAAGAGUCACACCCCAUAAACAGAGCUCAUAGCCUCAUAGCCCACCAACUUUAUUUCCCCUUUUUCUCUCUUCAACUCGAAAAAGUCGACACCCCAUUACCCCCCAUCUUUAUUUGCAACAAGCUCCCAGCUCCAAUUUUCAAUCUUUCAGUUUCCAAAACAAAAACCAAAAAAUCAAAGAUCCCACCUUUCCUUCUUGGUAAAAGGUUGUCAUUGAUAAUCUUGUGAUACUAAUCAGUGUACCAAAAAGCUGUCAAUAAUUUUUCAUCUAGGCCUCCCUUCUUCUUGUAUUCCAUUUGCUGCACUUUUCUCCCUUCUAAUAUCUUCUUUAUCCGUUGCCUUAAUUGCCUCCGAUUCCGCCUCAAAAUUUGACACUCCCUACUCCCUACUGCUUUGAAUUUAACAUCUGUAUAAUGGCAGGCCUAUUUCAAUUGAGGACUUGCCGACACAUUUGGUUUUAGAAAUCUUGUGCUCCGGGAGGCUCAGUGCCGUUGAUCUUUUGCAUUUAGAGUCGACUUCUAGGACAUUCGGAGGGAGUCAGGGGUUGUAUCCUCAUUCCUCACAAGUUUCGGUCAUUGGUAGAUUAUGCGGCGUUUCAGCUGUGUAUUUCCCAUUCUGUAUAUGCUAAAAUGGAAGACAAUGCUCAGACAGUGCUGUUUGAGCGGUGCGGUGGCAAGUGGAAGAGGAUUUUGAGGUUCUUGCAAUCCGUGGAGCAAUCGUCUGACAUGGUGGAGACUUCAGCAGAUGCAUAUUACCACUGGAAGAUUAGUUUUCCAUCUCCAGCACAUGUGGUCCAAAUGUCAGCCUCCCACAACCAUGCUGCUUUUGUUAUGCAAUCUGGAGAGGUUUUCACAUGUGGGGACAAUUCGUCAUUUUGUUGUGGGCAUAAAGAUACAAACCGGCCAAUAUUUAGGCCUAGGCUCGUAGAGGCAAUGAAGGGAAUUCCUUGCAAGCAGGUUGUUGCAGGGCUUAAUUUUACAGCUUUCCUUACAAGACAAGGCCAUGUUUAUACAUGUGGGGCCAAUACACAUGGACAACUCGGUCAUGGAGACACCACAGAUAGCCCAACUCCCAAAAUUAUUGAAUUUCUCAAGCAAAUUGGCUCCAUAAUUCAGAUUGCUGCUGGUCCAAGUUACGUCUUAGCUGCAAACCAACUGAAAUUUUUAUAGCAGAAAUGACUGAUGAGGUGAAUCUUGUUUCAGAAAACCUCUGACCUCAGGGAGAUGCCAUCUGUUUUAUGGAGCAGUAUGAUUUUCUUUCCUAAUAGAACACCUUUAGAUUUUUCACCGGCAUUUAAGAGAUCGUCGACAAACUUGUUUUAAGAGAUCGUCGACAAACUUGUAACUGUGUAAGUAGGUAAAUAGUUUAUGUAUCAGUAAUUCAGUAUAGUGUGCUAUGUGUGUAACACGAUAGUAGUUUUUGUUAUUGAUUUUUGUGUAUUUGUUGUGGGAAAUUAGAUUCCAUAAGUGAGUUUCAGCUACAGCUUCAUGGGCCACUGGGUUUCAUCUGUAAGUUGCCUACCAAUAAAGCUUCUUUCAGUUGCUUUCAACUUUCCAUCUGUAAGUUACUGGACUUGAAGUCUUUAACAACUCAUUUAAGGGGCGACUAGUUUUAAAAUGAUUGGACU